ACAUGUCUGCUACACUAUCAACUUAAUCAAUGAACAACCUUGAUAUAAGCACUGGGUUUAUCAUUCAUUCGAAAAUAAGAGUAAAUUCAUUAAGUCAUGGCGUUGAAACUGAACAGAUUAUUCAGGCACUUGCCCAAAAUUAAUGCGCUCAAGUGCAGGGAAAAGUCACAUUAUUAUCCAAUCGACGAGCACAUAUUCGGUCUAACCAGUGAGCAAAUACAGCUUAGGGAGACGAUUUUUCAAUUCGCCCAAAAGGAACUGGCCCCAAAGGCUAACGAAAUCGACAAGAAAAACGACUUUUCCGACCUGAGGAGUUUUUGGAAGAAAUUAGGGGAGCUUGGCACCUUAGGAAUAACAGUAAAUCCUGAAUAUGGAGGAACUGGGGGUGGCUACUUGGACCACAUCAUCAUCAUGGAGGAGCUCUCCAGAGCUUGCUCCUCCAUCGCCCUAAGCUACGGGGCCCAUUCGAAUCUCUGCGUCAACCAAAUCCACAGAAACGGAACGCCUGACCAAAAGUCCAAAUACUUGCCGAAGUUGUGUUCCGGAGAGCACAUCGGAGCUCUGGCUAUGUCUGAACCAGGUUCCGGUUCCGAUGUGGUUUCCAUGAAGCUGAGGGCCGAGAAAAAGGGCGAUUACUACGUCUUGAACGGGAACAAAUUCUGGAUAACGAACGGACCAGACGCGGAUGUGCUAGUGGUGUAUGCGAAGACCAACCCGGCAGCUAAGAAGCCCCAGCACGGCAUCUCCACGUUCAUAAUCGAAAGGGGAAUGGAGGGGUUCCAGACCGGCAUCAAGCUGGACAAGUUGGGUAUGAGGGGGUCGAACACCGCCGAACUGAUAUUCGAAGACUGCAAAGUGCCAAAGGAGAACCUCCUCGGAAAUGAGAACAAAGGGGUGUACGUAUUGAUGAGUGGCUUGGACUUGGAAAGACUGGUUCUGGCAGCUGGUCCGGUUGGAAUAAUGCAGGCUUGCUGCGACGUAACUUUCAAAUAUGCCCACGUUCGUAAACAGUUCAACACCAGAAUAGGGGAGUUCCAGCUCAUACAGGGUAAAAUGGCCGACAUGUACACGACUUUAAACGCAUGCAGGAGUUAUCUUUAUAGUGUUGCUAGAGCUUGUGAUAACAAAAAAAUUAACAGCAAAGAUUGUGCAGGAGUGAUAUUGUAUUGUGCGGAAAAGGCAACACAAAUGGCAUUGGACGCUGUUCAAAUUUUAGGGGGUAAUGGAUAUAUCAAUGAUUAUCCCACUGGAAGGUUACUGAGAGAUGCCAAAUUAUAUGAAAUUGGAGCUGGUACAUCAGAAGUUAGAAGAAUGUUGAUUGGACGUGCCUUGAAUUCUGAAUAUUCUUGAGAUUUUAACCAAAUACAUUUAUAUUAUUUUUAA